GGCCCCCGCCCCUCUCCGCUGCGCUGAGGAGGGAGGGCGAACCACGAUGCCCGCCCGGCAUGGAGACCGCGGCACCGCGGGGCAGAGGCAUAGAGGAGCACUGAGUUCAUCAACCCAACAUAUGAGCAUGUGAUGAUCGUGUUUGUUGCAAAUAAGAAUUACAAAACUCUGGAAGAUCUGACAGAAGAGAAAGGCUGUAUUUAUUUACAAGACCUCUGAGAUAAUAAAAUUCUGAACAGUGCCUGCCCAAGAAGUGUGAUGAGAAAUGGCUUUAGGAAACAAUACCCAGAGAAGUUACUCCAUCAUCCCCUGCUUCAUCUUUGUUGAGCUUGUUAUUAUGGCUGGGACUGUUCUGCUCGCCUACUACUUUGAGUACACUGACACUUUCGAGGUCCACAUCCAAGGUUUCUUCUGUCAAGAUGGCAAUUUGAUGAAACCCUACCCGGGAACAGAGGAUGAGAGCUUUAUUUCACCCCUUGUGCUCUACUGUGUGCUGGCUUCUACUCCGACAGCUAUUAUUUUUAUUGGUGAGAUAUCCAUGUAUUUCAUAAAGUCAACACGAGAAACUCUAAUUAUUCAAGAGAAAACCAUUUUGACUGGAGAGUGCUGUUACCUGAACCCACUGCUUCGAAGAAUUGUACGUUUUAUAGGAGUGUUUGCAUUUGGACUUUUUGCCACUGACAUAUUUGUAAACGCUGGCCAGGUUGUGACUGGGAACUUGACUCCCUACUUCCUGACUGUGUGCAAGCCCAACUACACUGGAAAUGACUGUCGGGCCCCCCAACAGUUCAUCAACAAUGGCAACAUCUGUACAGGGGAUGUGGAGGUGAUUGACCAGGCAAGGAGAUCCUUCCCAUCCAAACAUGCUGCUCUGAGCAUCUACUCAGCUUUGUAUGCCACGAUGUACAUCACAAGCACAAUUAAGACAAAGAGUAGCAGGCUGGCCAAACCUGUGCUGUGUCUGGGCACCCUGUGUGCUGCCUUCCUGACUGGGCUAAACCGAGUGUCUGAGUACCGAAACCACUGUUCGGAUGUGAUUGCAGGCUUCGUCUUGGGGAGUGCUGUAGCUUUGUUUCUGGGGAUAUGUGUUGUCCAUAACUUCAAGGGCAUUCACGGAGCUCCUUCUAAACCGAAGCCUGAAGACCCACGAGGAAUGCCGCUAAUGGCUUUUCCAAGAGUUGAAAGUCCUCUGGAGACACUGAGUGCACAGAGACCACCAAAACCCUCCUGCACCACCUCCCAGGGCCCAGCUGAUGCUCCCAGUGAAACCUGGCUUCAGGAAUCGACUAUGGGGAUAUACAGCCACCACUGCGGAGCUGGGGCUGCGCCUUAAGUGUGUCAUGACUUCAUCACAGAUUUGUGGAGUAACACAUCACGCUGUGAAAGGAGGAGUGACAGGACUUCUCCAGCACAGCAGCAUCACGUGGCAUUUGGAUUGGCACCACUGAGAAGCCAGUUUUGCCCCAACAGUGUCACUUCAGCUGGAGGGCUUUGGCAGCUCAAAAAGAAAAACCAAAACAAUGACACGAUCUGAAGUAGCAGUCUGUGUUUUUGUAAAUUCUGCCAUAGAGAAUUUCUAUCAAAACUGCUAUUUUACAAUUUAACAAUUUUGUUUAAGGAAAAAAAAAAAAAGGCAACUGGGGAUGGGGAUAAGAACAAAAAAGAGCCCAUUUUCAAUAGCUAGACUGGGGCUAAGGCAUCGUUAAGUGACUUUUCACUGUUUCUAGGAUUUUCCUGCAUUUCAUUCUUCUAGCAUGGUGAUAACUGCUGUAUGUCUCCUUUAAAGAAUGGAGCCUCUGUCUGUACUUUUACUGGAAUGUUUACCUCACAUUUCCAUUUUCCUGCUUUUUUUGUAUA